UUUUUCUGCCAUUCUUCCUCGGGGGCAGAAUCAGUACUGCCCAUGGGAAGCUCAGUCCUCUUGAUUGAAUGACAACUACAUAGAGGUUAAUGCUGCCCUGAUGCAGUACUGCCACGAGGGUGGCUUCACUGUCCUGUGUAGUCUCGUGGAUGACUGGCCCAGCUACCUGAGCAGAGGUGGUGUCCACCCGAGCCGCUUUGAUAACAAGGUGCUGACAGACUACCUGUACCAGGUGGCCUGCACCCUGUCCGUCAAUCUGGAGAGAAGCUGCAUCCAGCAGUGCUACAAGGAGACCCAGGCACCUUCUUCAUGGACCAGCUGGACUCGGCAGGACAGCAUCCCUGCCAUCUCCGAGGCUGAGUUUCCCCCCACUUGGUUUGCAUAUUUUCAUUUCUUCUCAUGCAGCAAGUGGACCUUCCACAGCACCAGCUCCUGUCUGGAAAGCCAGCACUGCUCCCUUGCAGAGGCACGACACCAACCAGCUAGGUGA